CGACUCUCCCCAAUCUCAUUCGCACAUGAUCGAGGCUGCGCGGUACUAAAUGUUAGUCUUUUCUGCUUUGUUUUAUUAAUCUCGUUUUGGGUUUUUGGAUCCGAGCCCGUUUCCGGUUUCAAUUCGUCAAAGUUUGUGGCUUUUUUGAAUUUCAAAUUUGGGGAAAUUGGGGGUUUAGGGUUAGGGUUUUGCGGUUGAGAAUUGGAUAUUCCCCUAUUCCGUUUGGUGCUAUAUGGCGGCUGGGAGACACGGGGGUUAUCGCGAAAACGAGUUCAGGGAGCGAGAGUCCAGUUUCGAAUUGCGGCAAACUGCGAAUGGGAAUCGUGAUGUUGACAAUGGCCGGGGAGUUCGGGAUUUGAGAGACAGAAUCAGGCCCAGGUCCAUGGAGGAGGCUCGGGAGAAUGGUGGGUAUCGCUCCUCUUCGAGUAGGAGUGAUUCCGGCAGCAGCGCUGGCCGUGGGGUCAAGCUUUCGGCUAAGGCUGUAGACAGGGAGCCUGGUGAAUUGUCGAGUGAGAGCGGGUCCGAUGAUGCUAUUGAAUCUGGGUCGCAGCCGGUAACGGAUGUUGAGGUUAUGAAGGUGGUGGAGAAUGGAAUUCAGACUCCGAAAGAGAGGAAAAGGAAGUUUUCGCCUAUUGUGUGGGAUAGAGAUGAUAAAGGAGGGAGUGGUUUGUUGAAGAGUAGUAGGAUUGCGACAGUGACAGCAACUGCUCUUCCUCCACCACCACUUGCUAAGGUGUCUCGUCAGUCUCCUAAUGUUAGUUCAGAUAGCAGGGUACAGAUAUCUUCGGGUAAAAUGGAUGAAGCUGAUAAUGUAGGACCUUCCUCUCCUGUUAAGUCUCCUGUGGCACCUGAGGCUGUUAGCAAUGGUGUGUAUGAGUCUCCGGUGGAGUUGUCUUCACCAGAUCAGAAAUUAGGGGAUGUUCGUGAAGGAGAGCAGAUAGAAGAUGAAGAUUAUGUUCCGACCCGAAAUAUAUCAUCUUCAAGAUGGGCAGCAGGAAAUAGUUCUCCUGGUGAUGAAGACGGAGUUUCGGAAAGUGAGGAAAUUCCUAAAAGGAGGAGGAAAAUGCCUGGUUUAGGAUCGGUGGAAAACAGAGUACGCAACAGCUCAUUGACUCCGGAGCUAGGGGAGCUUAAGAAAGAUGGGUCUGAACAAGGUAGGGCGAGAUCGUCCGAGUCAGAUGAACGAGAUCCCCGUGGAAGGUCCAGUGGGGAUGACUAUCCUGAUAAUGACUCAGACAGGGAUGACUAUAUGGAUGUUGACAAGGAUCAUGGUACUAAUGAUAGUGUUAGACGUUACGAUACUAGUUCAGAGGAUGAGCCUGAUUCUCCUGAGGCACCAGAACCUGCAGCUCCUCCACAAAGAGUCGUAAACAUGCUUCAGGGUUGUAGAAGUGUUGAUGAGUUUGAGAGAUUAAACAAGAUAGAUGAGGGGACUUAUGGUGUUGUAUAUAGGGCCCAAGAUAAGAGAACUGGCGAAAUUGUGGCAUUGAAGAAGGUAAAGAUGGAGAAGGAAAGAGAAGGUUUUCCAUUAACUUCUCUGAGGGAAAUAAACAUUCUUCUCUCUUUUCAUCAUCCAUCAAUUGUCGAUGUUAAGGAAGUAGUGGUGGGCAGUAACCUUGAUAGCAUUUUUAUGGUGAUGGAAUACAUGGAGCAUGAUCUUAAAGCACUCAUGGAGACAAUGAAGCAGCCUUUUAGCCCGAGUGAAGUUAAAUGCCUUAUGCUCCAGCUAUUGGAAGGUGUCAAAUAUCUUCAUGAUAACUGGGUGCUUCAUCGGGAUUUGAAAACAUCUAACCUGCUUUUAAAUAAUCGGGGUGAGUUGAAGAUCUGUGACUUUGGGUUGGCUCGUCAAUAUGGAAGUCCUUUGAAACCAUAUACUCAUUUGGUUGUUACUCUUUGGUACAGGGCGCCUGAACUCUUGUUGGGUGCAAGAGAAUAUUCAACGGCCAUCGAUAUGUGGUCACUAGGUUGUAUCAUGGCUGAGCUGUUAUCAAAGGAGCCCCUUUUCAAUGGGAGAACUGAAUUUGAACAACUUGACAAAAUUUUUAAGAUACUUGGCACACCGAAUGAGACUAUUUGGCCGGGGUUUUCCAAGCUUCCUGGAGUGAAGGUCAACUUUGUUAAGCAUCAGUUUAACCUUUUGCGCAAGAAGUUCCCAGCUACUUCAUUUACUGGAUCUCCAGUUCUUACUGAAGCUGGAUUUGAUUUGUUGAAUAAGCUUCUAACAUAUGACCCCGAGAAGAGAAUUACUGCUGAUGCUGCUCUGAAUCAUGAGUGGUUUCGUGAAGUCCCUCUUCCCAAGACAAAAGAUUUCAUGCCCACGUUUCCUGCUCAACAUGCUCAAGACAGGCGCUCACGGAGAAUGUUGAAGAGUCCAGAUCCCCUGGAAGAGCAACGGAGAAAGGAGUUGCAAGGGGGUAUAGGAACUGGGGGCGUGUUUGGCUAGGAGAAAUCAGAUCAAUGGCCUCAAUACAUCAAUGGGCAUGGCCGAGGCACUUGCCCAUGAUUUGGCUCGGAGAUUUGUAUUUUUUUAGCCUCCUGUCAACCAGAAUUGUUGCAGGUUAACAAUUUGUUCUUCAUAUUUGAUUAUCUUUUAGAAAUGCAUCUAUGACACUGCUUUCUUUGCUAGUUGUGGCAUGGUUGCGUUGUCUUAUAAGAAAUCAGUUGAAACUUGUGUAUGUAACAUAUUUUCAUUGGUACAUUGUAAACAGUUCUCUUUUGGUUUCAAAUAGCACUAUCUGUUAUACUAGACAUAUUUAAUAUUCACAUUGUGUUUGCAAGAGACGGUUGGUGAGAAGUGGAGGGGAGUUCUUUGCUUUUCC